UCACUUUUUUUACCCACAAUCCCCCGCUGCCUGCAAACCCUUCGCACCAGUGAAGAUGGCGGAUAGAGCAGUUCCCGUUGUUGAGAAGCGUCUGAUGGAGGUGAAGCUGGGAGAGAUUGGGACGUGGGUCGGAGGUCGCGACUUCACCCCCAACGGGAUGAUCUCUUCCGUCCGCAAGGGCUAUGAAAGAUACCUCAACAAGUACAUCCACGUGAAGAAGGGAGGCAUCGGUGGUCUUUCCAUGGUGCUGGCUGGCUACGUGGUGCUCAGCUACGUGUGGAGUUUCGAUCACAUCAAACAUGACCGCAUGAGAAAGUACCAUUAAGCUCCUCCCAUCAGACCUCCAGGAGCUUCUGUUCCCCGGCUCUCCAUGUUGAAUAUGUGACUGUUGUGACCAAUAAAUCUAUACUAAAAUGUA